GAAAACAUCCAAUAAACACACGUUAUAUGUAACAGUAUUCCGUCAGCCGCCGGGCACCCUGCGCGCGUAUACCUUGUUAGCCGUGAGAUAACUGCACUAUCAUAUCACUAUGUUUGUUAUUCUCCUCAUUGUAGCUGGUACUGCAUUAUUUUUAUAUGCCACCCGAAAUUACGAUUACUGGCUUAAGAGAAACGUCAAACAUGGACUACCUGUGGCGCCUUUUGGAACCCAUUUCCAAAAUACGUUUGGUUUCAAAAGUAUCACCGACGUGUCACAAGAGCUGUACAACAAAUAUCCAAAUGAAAAAGUUGUGGGCUACUACAGAUGGAGUACUCCGGAACUCAUCAUUAGGGAUCCCGAUAUAGUGAAAAGGAUUCUUAGCACGGAUUUUACAAAUUUUUAUUUUCGAGGCAUGUCUAGAAAUCCGAAAGUUGAUCGAGUAUUGUUAAAUACUUUCCAUGCUGAUGGAGACAACUGGAGACUUCUACGCCAGAGACUGACGCCGGCGUUUACCACAGCUAAAUUGAAGAAUAUGUACCCGCUUAUAGUCAAAUGUGCGCAGAAACUUCAAUCAUUGGGCGAUAACAUUGUCGCACAAGGUGGCGACUGUGACAUUCGGGAAAUGAUGGCCAGAUUUACUACAGAAUUUAUUGGAGCAUGUGGUUUUGGGAUUGAAAUGGAUACUAUUAAUGAUGAAAAAUCACUCUUUAGAGAUUUUGGAAAGUUAAUUUUUACACGAACCACUGCGGAUGUAAUGAGGUUUGCUAUUUGGGAAGCUGUACCGUUAGUAAGGGGUUUCUUCCCAGUACUUAAUCCUAAGAUUGAAAAAAUCGCAACAGAGAUUGUUAAAAAUGUACGAAAACAAAGAAAAGGCAAGCCUUCUGGCCGAAAUGAUUUUAUUGAUCUUUUGUUAGAGCUAGAAGCUAAAGGAAAGUUUACAGCAGAAUCUAUAGAAAAGCGGAAUCCAGAUGGAUCGCCAGUUAUAGUCGACAUGGAGAUGACACUGGCAUGCAUGGCAGCGCAGGUAUUUAUAUUUUUCGCAGCUGGUUUUGAAACAUCUUCGUCCGCCACAAGCUACACGUUACAUCAAUUAGCUUUCAAUCAAGACGUUCAGAAAAGAAUUCAACAAGAAAUCGAUGAAGUCCUAUCUGAAUACGAUAAUAAAUUGUGUUAUGAUGCUGUGGCCAAAAUGUCUUUGUUAGAUAUGGCUUUUAAAGAGGCAAUGAGGAUGUUUCCUUCCCUUGGUGUUGUUACCAGGGAGUGCACCAGACCUUGCAUCAUACCUGAACUGGAAAUUAAUAUCGAUGCAGGUGUUAAAAUAAUCAUACCCAUUCAAGCCAUACAUAACGACGAAAAGUACUAUGAUAACCCCAGCGAGUUUAGGCCGGAAAGGUUUCUACCUGAAGAAGUGAAGAAUAGAUAUCCCUAUACCUACAUGCCUUUUGGAGAAGGACCUAGAAUGUGCAUAGGAGCUCGCUUGGGCCAAAUGCAGUCUCUGGCAGGGCUGGCGACAGUGCUUCAGCGGUUCUCAGUGGAGCCGGCAGAGAACACGAAACGGAUCCCGAAGGUCAACCCUAGGUCCAACGUCGUGCAGGGCCUGCUUGGUGGACUGCCACUCAGACUCAAGUUGAGGACAAACAGAACUGUUGCGUAAAGUUUAAUUUUAUCAAUUUAACUGCUGCACCAAACGGUACAUGUUUAAAUGAAAAGAACAAAAAAUAUUUAAAUUUAUGUGGUGUUUAUAAAAUAAUAAUAAAAAUCCGGACAAAUGUGAGUUGAAGUCGCGUGAAACACGUUUAGUAAAAAACAAAAUAUGUGACUGUAAUCUACAAAAAUAUAGUUGAUGGCUUGUUUGUAGUCUACAAGCCAUCAACUAUAUUUUGACAAUUAUUUUCCAGCUUUACUCGAAUUAAGCAGAAAGACAAUAGCGUGCACAUUUAAAUCCGUUAACGCCAUAAAUCCAAUAUUUAUCGAUUUAUUUACUAAUAUUCAUCUUUUUUUCAUGAAUAACAUCGAAACUGCUUAUUUUGCCCUUUUACUACACAUUAUAAAACACAUUAAAGUUCUCAAAACUUUUUUAAAUUUCCUAUUUUACUCUGACCUGUAAUUGGGUCAUUUAUAUCAUCUUACCAAAAUUUCACCUGAUUUGGUCUGUGACAAACGGAUGGACCGACAGACAUACGAUCCUAUAAUGAUUUUGAUUUUCAUUAUAUGAAACCCUAAAAAAGAUUAUAUUAUAUGAGUAAUUAUAUUUUAGCCCUCUUAUUCAAACAAGAUUAAGCACAUUAAUAAAUAAUUAAUGUUUGUUGAUAUCGCACAAUGUUUGAUAUUAACAUAUUGACACAAAACUUCAUUUAAAUUAAUGUAUGCUAUUAACUUUUGUGAAUAGGAAGCUAAAAUAUAAUUACAGCUCUAUUUUAUUAAUCGGUUUUUAAACACAACGUAAUUUAAAAGUAUUCUUCUUCUUUUUAAGUCGAGAUUAGACGAAUUAUAUUACUUAAUUUAGAUCGGUAAGUAGCAAUUGCUUUGCACAGAAGUGGCUACAAAAAAUUAAAUUAUUAAAGAUUAAGAAAUAAAAGUUAUGUAUAAUGAUAACUAAUCGCAAUCUUAAACUUAUAUUAUUGAUGUAUCCAAUAAAAACCUGAAUUCUCCAUAA